CGCGGAACCCGCGUGCGCGGCGCGGGGAGCCAGCCGGGUGGACAGAGCGGCGGCACCAUGAGCACCAAGCAGGUGACGUGCAGGUAUUUCCUGCAGGGAGUGUGUCGGGAGGGGAGCAAGUGCCUGUUCUCACACGAUCUGUCCACCAGCAAGUCCUCCACCGUCUGCAAGUACUACCAGCGGGGGCAGUGCGCCUACGGCUCCCGCUGCAGGUACGACCACGUGAAGCUCCCGGCCCCGAGCGGGGCCGCGGCCCCGCUGCCCCCCGCUGCCCCCCUGAGCCCCCGGCAGCCCCCGGAGCACGGCCCCGGCACCCGGAGCAGGAGGGAGAAGAGGACGCUGGUGCUCAGGGACAGGAAUCUGUGCGGCUCAGGAGAGGAGAAGCCGCCACCGGGCGCCCCCGGGGACGGGGGGAGCUGCAGUGAGCCUGCGGAGAGCCUGGAGGUGAAGCCCCACUCGUACUUGGAGGCCAUCUGCAGUGGGCUGGCAGAGCCCGGGCCCGAGGUGCCCUGCGGGGCCGGGGGGCAGCUGUGCCCCUACUCGGCCCGGGGGCCGUGCCCCGUCGGGGAGCGCUGCCCGUACCUGCACGGGGACCUGUGUGACAUCUGCGGCCUCCACGUGCUGCACCCCCACGACCCCGAGCAGAGGAGGGCCCAUGAGAUGAUGUGCAUGGCCACGUUUGAGCACGACAUGGAGAAGGCCUUUGCCUUCCAGGCCAGCCAGGACAAGGUGUGUUCCAUCUGCAUGGAGGUGGUGUACGAGAAACCAUCGGCCUCGGAGAGGAGGUUUGGGAUCCUGUCCAACUGCACCCACACCUACUGCCUGUCCUGCAUCCGGCAGUGGAGGUGUGCCAAGCAGUUUGAGAACCCCAUCAUCAAGUCGUGCCCCGAGUGCCGAGUGAUCUCCGAGUUUGUCAUCCCCAGUGUGUACUGGGUGGAGGAGCAGGAGAAGAAGAAUGAGCUGAUUGAAGCCUUUAAGCAGGGAGUGGGGAAAAAGCCCUGCAAGUACUUUGAGCAAGGGAAGGGGACGUGCCCCUUUGGCGGGAAGUGUCUGUACCUCCACGCGUACCCCGACGGCACCCGCGCCGAGCCCGAGAAACCCCGCAAGCAGCUGAGCUCCGAGGGCACAGUGCGGUUCUUCAACUCGGUGCGUCUGUGGGACUUUAUCGAGGACAGGGAGAGCCGGGCGGCGCCGGACACGGACCAGGUCACGGAGCUGGGGGAGCUGUUCAUGCACCUCUCGGGGGCUGAGGAGGACCCCACUGCUGCCCAGUGAACGCAGCACAGCCCUCCACCCACAGCAGUGCAGCUAUUGAUUAGCCUUGCCUUUACCCUCUGCAGCACAGGUAGAACAAAAGUGCCCUGUGGUUUACUGUGCAGUCCCGGUGAAGUUUUCAGAUAGUUUUUGUAUGGCAACAAAAAUACUAAAAUAUAUUUAAAAAAAAUAAAUUGACUGCAUGGAAAAAAAAAAUCCCUUAAUCACAAGAGGGUUUUCUCCCUCUCUGGCCCAACAUAUGCUGUCUUGUGAGCUGAGUGGUAGUGUAAAUACAGUGCCAGGUAAAGCUUAAGCUGGUAAAAACUGUUGCUAAAUAGA